CGGACCGCCCCUCUCUCCCGAGGGAGCGGUGAGGGCGGGCCCGAGAGCCAGAGAUGCCGGAAGUGAGGCGAUCCGGGGGCGCGCUAGCUGCACUGGCGGUAGGACGUCUCGGUCCCCUCCGGUCUUUUCCUCAAGGCAAGCAGGCUCCUGAUGGACCCUGGGAAGGACCAAGAGGGAGUGCGGCAGCCUGCAGGGCCACCCACAAGGAAGAAAUUUGUCAUACCACUGGACGAGGAUGAGGUCCCUCUUGCAGUGGCCAAGCCCUUAUUCAAGUCUACACGGAGCCUUCCUGCUGUGGAUACCUCAGCUCAGGUGGCCCCUCAAACCUACGCUGAGUAUGCCAUCUCACGGCCUGCAGGAGGGGCUGGAGCCACAUACCCUACAGGGUCAGAGUCCCAGGCAGGAGAGACCCCCAACCAGGCUCCAAAACCAGGGGCCAAAUCCAACAGCAUCAUUGUGAGCCCCCGGCAGAGGGGCAACCCUGUGCUAAAGUUCGUGCGAAACGUGCCCUGGGAAUUUGGUGAUGUAAUCCCUGACUAUGUGCUGGGCCAGAGCACCUGUGCACUCUUCCUCAGCCUCCGCUACCACAACCUGCACCCGGACUAUAUCCAUGAGCGGCUGCAGAGCCUGGGGAAGAACUUUGCCCUGCGGGUCCUUCUCGUCCAAGUGGAUGUGCGCCCUGCUCUCAUGGGCUGUCCAGUGGCUUUUCCUUUCCUAAUACACUCCUGCCUCUUUCCCUUCCAGGUGACUGAUUGUCUGACCACUGUGAAGUCAGUCAACAAGACAGACAGUCAGACCCUUCUGGCUACUUUUGGAUCUCUGGAACAGCUCAUAGCUGCAUCGAGGGAAGACUUGGCCUUGUGCCCAGGCCUGGGCCCCCAAAAGGCCCGGAGACUGUUUGAUGUCCUGCAUGAACCCUUCUUUAAAGUGCCCCGAUGACCCCAGCCACCAAGGAGAUCCCCUGUAUAAUAAUAAAGCACUUUUCCAGUCCAUGUUCCUG